GGUGACGAGUGAAGCGAUGUACGAUAGAAGAGGGGAUGAAUAGUCACUGUUAUAAGACGUUCAGAUCGCCGUUCGGAUCAUUUCCAGUUCGAUUAUACUCGAACCACCUGCUACUGUGGGUCGACAACGGCAAUCCCCGUCGUCGAAAUCCGUGUCCAGGCUUUCGCAAGCCCGGAAGACGCACAUUCGUUCGUUGAGCUUCCUGUCCGUCUCUUUUUUCCAUUUUUUUCGCGAAAAAAAUGAUGGUACUAGCGAAGGCAACAAUCUUUGCGAUCCUGUUUAUCGUGACGACGAUUAGCGCGGAACCUGUGCGGGAUAUACCCGAGUUCCUGCAUAUUUGCCAAACACGUGAUCCGCAAUACGAAACAUGUAUCAGCAACAGUAUAAAUGAUUUGAAACCAUAUCUUAAGGUGGGCGUGCCGGAAUAUAAUAUCCCUUCUACAGAACCUUUUAUAUUGAAGAAACUAUCGGUUUCUCCAUCAAAUAGCUUGCGAAUAAAGUUGUCUGAUGUCAACGUAUAUGAUGCCAGUAGCUUCGAAGUUACUAAAAUAAAAAUCGACUUUGACAAACUGUUCCUCGUGAUGGAUGUGGAAUUGCCCAAUAUCUUCAUUGAAGGGAAGUAUGACGUCGAUGGUAAAAUAUUGUUACUUCCGAUUCGCGGAUCAGGUCCGAUGAACGGCAACUUCUCCAACUGCAUAAGCGUAGUCAAGAUCCAGGCUGAAAAAUACAUUGACGAAAACGGCAUCGUGAGGAUUCGUUUCGUGGACUUUAAGAUGAAAAUCUCAGUGGGCAAGGGCUCGGUGAAACUAGACAAUCUGUUCAAUGGCGAUCAGGUACUCGGAAAUCUUAUUAAUUCGUCCAUCAACAACAAUUUCGAUCUCUUUAUGAAGGAAAUACUGCCAAUGAUGGAAAUGACUCUCUCUGACGCGUUUCGAAAUAUCAGCAACAAUAUUGUUCAACAGUUCUCGUUUACACAACUCUUCCCCGGCUUGUAAAUCUAUCUCGGUGAUCGAGGACGGGCUGGAAAACAGAUUAAGUUUGAAGAUCUAUCGCAACAUUUAUAAGAGCGCGAUAGAAGAAGUUAGGGAAAAUUUAGCGCUACUUUUCUCUUCGUUGAAUCCUCCUUUUGCAUGUGUGCGUGCUUGAUUAAGGUUUGCAUCCCUAACAAUGAAAUAUUAUAGUGCGUUUAAUUUUGAUGUAACCCAGAACUCAAUUCUGGCAAAAAAUAGGGAAGGGAAUGGGAGAAUUGUAAAUAUCAUCAAUACAAGAUUGCAUACACAGAAUAAGAUUCUAACACUUCUUGAAACAUUAAUGAUUGAUGAUCGCGCAAAUUGUUCCUGAUGAAUCUGAUUUAGAGUCUUCCAAUAUUUGCGAGAUUUGUUUAUUUAAUUGCUAAUUUAAAAUUAAAACAGCGGUGAAUUAGCUAAGUAUUUGUAAAAUAUAGAAAAAUAAUGAUAAUUUUUAGAAAAUAUCAAGAUAAGAUAGAUAAAAUGAUGCGUCUUUGAAAAUAUUUGUGACUUUUAUAAAUUUAAAUUUUAUAAAUUUUAAAAAUUUCAUGAGAAAAGAACUUUUUAUACAAUUCUAUUAAAGAAAACAAUUUAUGUAAUUUGAUAUGUGCGCGCGUGUAAUAUCUGAAUUUGUUAUCAAAUACGGAAACUAUUUACAUGAGCUGCUAAAAUAAACACCUAGAAUUAGAUAGAACAUAUUUGAUUGAUAAAGUGAAAAAUCAAGUAUUUUUCUGCGAAUACAACGAUAGAACAUUGUACAGCGAAAUUCUUGCUUCCGAUUUUGUUUUAUCCGUUAUUGACAAGUAAAAGCUCUAAAUAAAAGUAUGGAAAUAUAAUUUAUCGACACAGUUAGCAUCAUAUUUUUAAAUAAAAAUUUAAUUUGUAAAAAACUUAUCGAGACCACUAAACGAGAUUUUAUAAAAUAUAAUUAUAUGUGCGUGAUGUAUAACGUGGCAAUUUUGUUUUAUAUUGUUAAUGUGUGCAUGUCGAGAGAUACCGAUAAGCUUAAUGAAUUAUAAAUCGUUGAAUAAAGUUGUUGACCGUAGU